AAAACGUAACCCCUUUUUCUAUUAUAAUAAAUUCAAGAUAUCCCAUUUAAUUUUAAUCUAAUCUCAAAUAAUAAUCCAUUUUUAUUUAUCUAAUCAUUUUUGAUUUCUACUCACAAAACAUUUUUGAGUUUUCAUUAUAGUCGGCGAAUAAAAGUGAGGUUAUAUCAACUAUGUUUACAAUGUUCAGAAGAUUUUCACAUACAUUGAGUAAUAACAUAAUAAAUAAUCGGAGAACGUUACAAUCAUUAAAGGAAAAUAUAAAUGUAACCCCUCGAAGAUUUAUGAGUAAAGAUGUUCUUCCAAAGAAAGAAGUACCUGGAAAAGGGAGGGGACCAGUUACAUGGCAAAGUUUUUCGAUUACAGCCGCAAUUGGGGGCGGUUUACUUGCAUUUAUGUGGUAUUUAAGACGUCAAAAGGAAGAUGCAAUGUUAAAGGAAAGACAAAGAAUGUUAGGUAAAGCUGCGAUCGGUGGUCACUUUGAAUUAGUUGAUUCUAACAAUGAAGUUAGAAAAAGCCAAGAUUUUUUGGGAAAAUGGUUACUUAUUUAUUUCGGAUUUACACAUUGUCCAGAUAUUUGCCCCGAUGAACUUGAAAAAAUGAGUUCUGUUGUUAAUAAGUUAGAUAAAGAUGAAACCAUACCUACAAUCCAACCACUAUUUAUUUCCGUUGAUCCAAUUAGGGAUACCCCAGAAAUCGUUGGCCGUUAUUGUAAGGAAUUCAGCAAUAGAUUACUCGGACUUACCGGAACAAUAGACCAAGUAGCACAAGCUUGCAAAGCUUACAGAGUUUACUUUAGCGCCGGACCAAAAGAUAAAGAUAAAGAUUACAUCGUUGAUCACACAAUAAUUAUGUAUCUCGUGAAUCCUGAUGGUGAAUUUGUCGAUUAUUACGGACAAAAUAAAUCCGAUGAGGACAUAUUUAACUCGAUACUAUUUAACAUGACCAAAUUUGAUGCUUUAAAAAAGAAAUCUUGGUUUUAAGUUAACAUUUUGUAAAUGAAAAUAAAUUAAUGUUUAAUAAAUAUUUAAAA